GCUGUUCUAUUCACAGGGUGUCCCAUUCUUCCCCUGCUUCACUCGCUAAUCCAGUGAAAACCUAUUAGCUCCCACUCCGGCAGUCAGGAAGAGAAAGCCCGACAGUUUUUAUCAGAUAGGUGCUUUUGGAAACGAACAUUUCUCUGUUCACGUGUAACACAGACUUUCCUGUUCAGUUCUAUGAGCACAAAGCCAUGUAAGAAAAAAGUUUCACCAAGUAAGUAUGUAUCGGCCAAAAAGGUUGCAGUGAAGCUGCAAGAUGGCAGUUGAACAAUGACCACUAGAGGGGGAUAAAGUGUCUCAAAAAUGUGACAAACUGAGAGAAGAAAACUGCAGAUUGCAGCAGGUGGUUGAUGGCAUAGAUGGUUGAUGGAAGCUUGUUGCUUAUCUUAGUAGCCAAGUUCAAACAGUUUGCAUAUGGCUUCAAAGCUGGAAAAAGCUGAAAUAUUAAGUGGUAAGCAAGAAAAACAUGGAAGUGGUAGCUGAAGACCAGGAUGGCAUGUAAAGUCAGCCUGGAGCCAGCAGUCUUCCAGAAGUUAAGGACCGACUCUUCGACCUCCCUUAUCCCUCCCCUUUCCCUCUCGCUCCUGGCCGAUCGCUCUCCCCCUCUUCUCCGGGGUUGCAUCAACAUGACAAAGCACUGGCCGGAGCAGAGCCUCCUGGCACCAGCCGCUCUGUGCCACAGUGGAGAACACCGCGACCAUCACCUUGACUUCUACAGAAAUGUGCAGCGGAGUUUUCCUUCCUGCGGUCUAGCCCAGCAGUGGCCUCAACAACCGACUGAGAUGACCCCCCAGCAGCAGCAGCAGCAGCAGCAGCAGCAGCCCCCCUCUGCACGCACCGAGCACCGUGGCGGUGCCACUGGACUCGCGGAUCAAACCAUUCCAGCCCACUCUUCAUACCAGGACGGCGACGACGCCAACGCGAAGCUUCAGGACGUGACGCGGGAGACGUGGAGGGCCGAACGGGAGAAAAGCGUUUCCAGCAGUGGGAAGAAGAAGAACUACCAGCGGUACCCCAAGCCACCCUACUCCUACUUGGCUAUGAUCGCCAUGGUCAUCCAGCGGUCCCCAGAGAAGAAGCUUACACUAUCAGAGAUCCUGAAAGAGAUCAGUACCCUGUUUCCAUUUUUCAAAGGGAACUACAAAGGGUGGCGAGAUUCUGUGCGACACAACCUCUCCUCCUAUAACUGCUUUGUUAAGGUGCUGAAGGAUCCAGGCAAACCUCAGGGGAAAGGGAACUUCUGGGCUGUGGACCUGAACCGUAUUCCCCUGGAUCUCCUGAAGAGGCAGAACACAGCCGUGUCGCGCCAAGACGAGACUAUCUUCGCUCAAGAUCUGGCCCCCUACAUCCUGCAGGGACACAAGCCGGAAUCUGAGCCGCCCCCUCCUCCUCCUCCGACUGAGUGUGUGACCUCUCUCCCGCCCGUGUCAUCAGGAAAUCCUUCACCGCCGUCACAGGACAACUUGUUCAGGCCCAAGCUGGACUCGUCCUUUGCCAUCGAUUCCUUACUGCACAGCCUGCGGCCGACGAGCGCUUCUGGGGAUGUGGACAGAGACGGCUGGGGUGAGGUGGAGCGCCCUCGGCCCUCGCCGCCUCCAGGCUCUCGUUACGCCUCCUCCACCAGCUCAGUAAGCCCUGCCUCCACCUCUUCCACCUCCUCCGAUGAGGAUUGGAAAGGCUUGUCCCACACUGGGAAGCGUGUUCCUCCCAAUGGUGAAGCAGGAUCUGACGGGUACGAGGACCACAGACCGCCGUUGCACAAAUCCGCCAGACGGGAGACCGUUGCUCCUCCGUGGGAGCUUCCAACCUCCUACGCCAAGUAUGCUCCCCCAAAUGCAGUCGCCCCACCUAGCAUGCGGUUCAACGGAGGCCCCGUAAUGCCGCUGCACGGCGGACUACCACUUUACAGCUACGGUAGCUCUCCCAUGGCGCCUGCCCACUUCAUAGGUCACUCCUACUGGCCGAUUCUCCCCAGCAGGCGAGUCUCGGUUCAGCCGCCUCCUCUGCUCAUGGACCUGGACAACAUGCUGCAGUCGGUUCCUCCAAAUAAGAGCGUGUUCGAUGCACUGCUGCCCGCCAAUCAGAACGCUUACUCGCAUCACCAACCGCAGAGUCAGUACCCCCUGCAGAACGGGACUCCUGUCAACAGGUAUCACCAGUACUGAGAGUCGUUCACACACCAAACGAGGAAUCCAACCAGAAAGUAAACAAUAAGCUCCAGACAAUCUCUUUUAUGGUUUCUUGCUAGCCAGAAGCUGAUUUUUUUCUUGUUUUUUUUUUGUUUUUUUAUAUUUACAUGUCGGUGUGUUUUAAAACAAAUUGCAAUUCUGCCUUCAGCAUUGAGUUUCAUUGAUGCAAAACUACCUAAAAAAAAAGAAGAAGCUAUAUAACUCAACAGAUAUCUACCUCAGUGUUUCAAUGAAACGUCGUGCUGCUACAGACUCUUUGCACUGCAGAUCUUGUUUGCACAGUUGUUUAAUACAAUGUCUUGAGGAUUGUUUUUAAUGCUGUCUAUCCACUGUGACUUAUUGAAUGUAUCACAUGGUCCCUCGUGGAAAAAAACAGCUGAGAAGUCCAAAACGGCAAACGGAGUUCGUUACCGACGGCUGUCGGGGUUUUCCUGCGUGACAUUACACUCAGGCUGGUCUUAAGUGAGAGCUGAACUUUAGGAUGUAUGUAAAGGUUUUACUUUCCUUGUUUACAGAUGUCUCUCUUUUUUAAAUUUUUUUUGUUGAUGCUUGCAAGAGAAAACCAAAGAAUCCAAGACAUCUUGAAUCACUUGAACUCACUUUUAGAACACUCCGCACCAGAGUGGCGCUAAUGAUGAUGGAAAAUGUAGCUUUAACAGUUUCAUUAGUUUUUUUUUUAUAGAUAAUUUUUCUUGCACUAUUCACCUGAUCUUCCAAAGGACACCACUUUUAGAUGUCUCCCUGCCUCGACUGAAGAAUGUAAUACCAACUUUGACUACUGACCAAUAUGUAACUAUGCAUCAUUAAAGUUUAUACAUCUGUAGAGAUGUCUUGAAGUCUGACAGGUUUCAAAAAAGUUUAACAGUGUUGUACAAAUAAAAUUGACAUUUUAACAAAACUGA